AUGGCACUGCAAAAGGUGUUACCAAGAAUUGCACCCAGACAGCUGGGACAGUGCUUCAUCAGUGGGCGAUCAACUCAACCGGUUCAUCAAUGUAGUCGUUUAUUUCACCAGUCUGCGCCUCUAAAAGUGGUGAAACCGUAUAUCCUCGCAGAUAUUGGCGAAGGAAUCACCGAGUGCCAGAUAAUCAGCUGGUCUGUGAAACCAGGAGACAAAGUUGAGCAGUUUGACACGAUAUGUGAGGUUUCGUCUGACAAGGCGACCGUCGAGAUAACUUCACGGUUCGAUGGAGUAAUAAAGAAGCUGUAUUACGAGCAAGACGAUGUGGCUGUGGUUGGCAAGGCAUUGCUCGACAUCGACAUCGAAGGUGAUGAUGAGAUUUCGACAGAAACGCAAGUGACAGAAUCUGAGCUCGAGGUAAGCGCCGCGACAGGCGAACCUGGCAAAGCGCAGGACACCACCACAAUCCAAGCUGUCGAAACCAUUCAACAGUCUCAAGGCUCCAGUGCCACCAGCAACCAACCCUCGGCCCCUCCGGCCAGUAGCAGCGAUUUCGCAGCUACGCCUGCCGUGAGACAUCUACUCAAACAGCACAAUCUCAGCGCUGCAAAUAUUGUCGGCACCGGGAAGGGUGGACGUAUUAGCAAGGAAGACGUUGAACGGCAUAUUACCGGGCUAGGUCAAGACCACCCUGCACCCGCCCCAAUAUCAAGCCAGGUGACUGCCACACCAAAGUCUGAGGGAGAUGUUUCGAUACGCUUCAGUCCGACGGAAAACCAAAUGUUCAAGGCGAUGACUCGGUCCCUGAGCAUCCCACAUUUUCUGUACGCCCAUACGGUGGAUGUCUCGAGCUUCCAGGAGGUACGGACGAAACUAGCGAGUUCGAAAGUCCUGGAACAUCUGGCGACAUCCGCCGGCAAUACAAGCACAGCUCCGAAAGUAACUCUUUUGCCGUUCAUCCUAAAGGCACUGUCAAGAGUAUUCACAAAGUUUCCCAAAUUGAACUCUCAUAUGGAUGCAUCGGAUCCCAGCACCCCAAGGUUGACCCUCAAAGGAAGCCACAACUUUGGUAUCGCCAUCGACACCCCUCAAGGUCUCCUGGUACCGGUGAUCAAAAAUGUGCAGAACCAUUCCGUUCUCUCCUUAGCUGCCGAGGUAAAGCGCAUCAGUGAGAUUGCGCGAGCAGGAAAACUCAGACCGGAGGACUUCCAAGGAGCAACCUUCACUGUCAGUAAUAUCGGCAGCGUGGGAGCAGGAUGCCAAGUCGUCAGUCCUGUGAUUGUUUCUCCUAUGGUGGGAAUCCUGGGGAUGGGAAGAAUGUCAGAUGUACCAGUGUUCCGCAAGGAUGAUGAUGGUAUCGAACGGCUUGUUAAGGAACAGCAAGUCAUCCUCAGCUGGAGCGCAGAUCACCGGAUUAUUGAUGGCGCGACUGUUGCGAAGGCUGCAGACAUGCUGGCGGCUUUGUUGAGUCGCCCGGAGAGUUUGGGACUGAUCCUCACAUGA